AUGGGGCUUCAAAGUUUUAAUUCUAGAUGUUCAAUAUCGAACACUGAAGUUUGCAAUCAUGCUGACGUUGAUGAAGAAGUUUGGGAAGAAGUUUCAACUGCUGCUUCAAAUUGUCCUGUCCCAAUUGUUCAUAUUAAUUCUGAUCUGCUUGAGGCUGAAUCCUUGGAUUUACUUGCCAAAGAGAAAUAUGUUGAUUCCCUUUUCACAGCAUUGCCAGUCCUAACAAAGGAGGAGCAGAAUGCAAUUGCUGCAACCCCUGCCCAUCCAGCAGGAUUAUAUGCAAUGUAUGCUAGUUGUAUAGCUGGCAACUUGGUGGAACAGUUUUGGAAUUUUGCUUGGCCUGCUUCUAUUGCAUUGCUUCAUCCAAGCCUUCUUCCUGUGGCAGUCAUGGGUUUCUUUGCUAAGCUUGCAGUAAUUGUUGGAGGCCCUUUAGUUGGUAAGCUCAUGGAUUAUUUCCCCAGAAUACCGGCAUAUAAUUGUCUUACUAUUGCUCAGGCAACUGCACAGCUGUUAUCGGUUGCUAUGAUAAUUCAUGCACAUACUCUUUAUUCCUCCUCUUCUGCCUCUUCCAUGCUUCCCCGCCCUUGGUUUGUUGUAUUAGUUUUAGCCGGGGCAGUUGAAAGGCUAUGUGGGUUGGCACUGGGGGUUGCAAUGGAGCGUGAUUGGGUUGUCCUGUUAGCAGGAACUAAUCGGCCUAUUGCUCUUGCUCAUGCAAAUGCUGUUCUUAGUCGAAUUGAUCUCCUUUGUGAGAUUGCUGGAGCAUCACUCUUUGGCAUUCUUCUAUCCAAAUACAAUCCUGUGACCUGCUUGAAGCUUGCUGCUGUAGCUCUGAAACAUGUGCUGCAUCUUAAGGUUUUUCUCACAUGGUUAACCAACAAGCUUUCUAUGGGGGUUCUUGACCACACUAAAUCUAUGCAACAAUGUUGCAGAAGUUCCAUGGAGGGUCCACUAAAUGAUACUGAGAAUAUAGUUGGAAUGAGUGUGGAGGCUAUCAAGCAUGGAUGGAUUGAGUACAUGCAGCAGCCUGUGCUCCCUGCAAGUCUUGCCUAUGUGCUACUUUACUUCAAUGUUGUUCUUGCUCCUGGUGGAUUAAUGACAGCAUUCUUAACUCAGCGUGGUUUAAAUCCAUCUAUAAUUGGUGCCUUUAGUGGAUUGUGUGCUUUCAUGGGUAUUGCAGCAACAUUUCUUUCUGCAAACCAUGGUCAGGCAGUUUGGUGUUUUGAAGGCUGGGGCAAUUGGACUGAUAUUACAAGCUUCACUUCUUACAGUAGCUGUUACUGUCUAUUGGAGUGGAUCUUUUAG